AUGGGAGAAAUGAGGAAGGGAAAAGACAAGAAAAGUGAGCAUGUGUGUAAGAUCCCUGCAGAUGACAGUGAGAGAAAGAAGCAGCUGCCAGACAGGGAGGCAGAACAAAACAAGCUGGCCUACAGUGUGACUGAGGUGCCCCCCUGGUACCUCUGCAUCAUCCUUGGGACUCAGCACUAUUUGACAGCAUUUGGGGGGAUCAUUGCCAUUCCCCUGAUUUUGUCGAAGGAGUUGUGUCUGGAGCAUGACACCCUCACCCAGAGCCACCUGAUCAGCACCAUCUUCUUUGUGUCAGGGCUCUGCACUCUGCUCCAGGUCACAUUCGGGGUGAGGUUACCGAUCCUCCAAGGCGGGACCUUCACCUUCCUGGCCCCCUCCCUCGCCUUGCUGUCAAUGCCUCAGUGGAAGUGCCCAGCCUGGGCUCAAAAUGCCAACCUUGUCAACACCAGCUCUCCUGAGUACAUUGAAGUGUGGCAGUCCAGGAUUCGAGAGCUCCAGGGAUCCAUCAUGGUCGCAUCCUGUUUCCAGAUCUUUGUGGGAUUCUCUGGUCUCAUUGGUCUCUUUAUGAAGUUUAUUGGGCCUCUCACGAUCGCGCCGACUAUUUCCCUCAUCGGAUUGUCCCUGUUUGACUCAUCGGGGAACGAUGCGGGCAAACACUGGGGGAUCUCCGCCUUGACUGUCAGUAUCAUUGUGUUGUGCUCGCAGUACCUCCGACAUAUUCCUGUACCAAUGCCUGCUUACAACAAAACUAAGAAGUUUCAUUCUACCAAGAUUUAUGUCUUUCAGAUUCUACCGGUUCUGGCGGGAAUGACUGUGUCCUGGCUGAUCUGUUACAUCCUCACAGAGUACAGGGUCCUGCCAUCGGACCCAAAGGCAUACGGCUACUGGGCACGGACUGACCUGAAAGCGGAUGUGUUGCGCCAAGCACCCUGGUUCCGCUUCCCAUACCCAGGUCAGUGGGGUAUGCCAACAGUCAGCCCUGCGGGGGUGUUUGGGAUUCUGGCGGGGGUGAUUUCCUCCAUGAUAGAGUCUGUCGGUGACUACCAUGCCUGUGCUCGUCUCUCGGGUGCUCCUCCCCCACCCAAACAUGCAAUCAAUCGUGGAGUGGGCAUCGAAGGAAUUGGCUGUCUGAUGGCAGGAGCAUGGGGCACAGGCAAUGGGACCACCUCCUACAGUGAAAACGUGGGAGCGCUGGGCAUCACCAAGGUGGGCAGUCGGAUGGUGAUUGUUAUCAGUGGCUUCCUGAUGAUUUUAAUGGGAAUGUUUGGGAAAGUUGCGGCUAUUUUCACUACAAUCCCAACACCUGUCAUAGGGGGUAUGUUCUUUGUCAUGUUUGGAGUUAUAACUGCUGCUGGAAUUUCAAACCUACAGUAUACUGAUAUGAACUCAUCCCGGAAUAUCUUUAUAUUUGGAUUCUCCAUGUUCACUGGGCUGGCUAUUCCCAACUGGGUAUUUAAGCACCCUGAAGCCAUUGUGACAGGUGUGACAGAGCUGGAUCAGGUGCUUCGGGUUCUGUUGACGACCAAUAUGUUUGUGGGCGGCUUCUUUGGCUUCAUCCUGGAUAACACUAUUCCAGGGUCAAGGAAGGAGCGUGGCAUCCUUGCCUGGAAGGAGGGGCACCAGCAGUCUGGUGAGACUCUGGGGAGCGAGGAGGUGUACAGCCUGCCCUUCGGGAUUGGGUCGCUCAUCUGCACUGCAUCCUGGGUUCAGUAUAUACCCUUCUGUCCCAAACCAGCUGGGACGGGCAGUGGCAAUAUUGGAAACAACGAGGACACAAUCAUAGAGAACACUGGCCAGGCACUACCAAAGAGAGAUACUCGACUAUAGUCGCUGUAUCUCUUUAACAUGAAAACCAUUAGCAAGUAUUUAUGAAUAGAAAAUAUUUAACAGCUAACUAGGCAGGGUGUUGGAUUUGUUUGACAGGUCAGUAUCUCUCAGCUAUUUAAGAAAAUGCACCAUCCCUGGUGUAUGAAACUGCCCGCAAUAAUGAUUUAUUGUCCAAUAUGCCUUAGGAACUCCGAAAAUUCCAACUUGCAGAACUUUGGCACACCCAGUGGAAAAUUAUAAAAUUGCAAUAUCUCUGGAACUUAACUUUUACUGAAAUAGAUCACUUUUUCAACUUUUAACAACUUGAAUUGAAUCUUGCAGAGAAAAAAAUAACCUUAUAUUCUAAAAAUAUGUGUCAAAUUACUACUACAUUUCAGUUUCUAGAAAAAAUAAAUUAUGUAACAUAAAUACAUGAUAAUUUACCACAAUAAAGAUGAGGACAGUGAGAAAUGACUCUGUUCCCGGCCAUUUCAUAUACCUGGGAGUGUUUCCAAAAAUGCCAAUAUUAUUCAGAGCAAAUCAUGAUACAACAUUACUAAACAGGUUGACUGUAGACUUCAGUUUAUCCAGUGAACAGCUUCCCUCAGGAAUGAGUUUCAGUUUGCAAAUCAAGAACCUUUAUCCAUGUUCAAACUCCAUCAUCCACUAAACUCCGAUCAGCAGUAAUGUAUUUCUCAGGAUUAGGCAGAUCAGGUGUCCACUACAGUUACGUGCCUGCCAGCUCUAUUAUUUUCUGUGCAGUGGUCCUAUAUGUUUAAUUUCAUUGUGUAAAUUAACUGUUAUUUUACCCCUGGAAAGCUGAUUUAGUAGAGGCGGCAUAUAUACAUAGUGUAUUUAACACCUUUUUUUCCAUAUGUCUGGAGACCGGCUAAUCAAAUUGUUGUGAAACUUGGAAUUAACAUUUUGUAGCACAGGUUUUUGAGAGUAUCAGAUUCUGGGGAUAAAGAGUUGCUCUUUGUAUGUACAUCAUCUGUAUUUCACCCUUGCAUUUUAGCAUAUGUGUUG